GCAGCGCGGGCGCACAGCUCCCCUCGAUGGUCGGCGACGAGGCCCCGACAACGGAGGCGGCGUGCCAGGACCUGGUCGAGAUCCUGGACGAGGGAUCGGGCCGGCUGGACAUGGGCAGGUACGUGGACCACGUCCGCGACCUGUCGGUGGGCGCCAUCGCCACCUUCGAGGGCACCACGCGGGACCACUUCGACGGGAGACGCGUGGUGGAGCUCCGCUACGAGGCGUACGGGUCAACGGCGCGGCUCCGGCUCGAGGCCAUCCUCUGCGAGGCCCGCGCCGCCCACGCGUUGUGCCGGCUGGCCGUGGCGCACCGCCUCGGGACGGUCCCCGUCGGUGAGGCCAGCGUGUUCGUGGCGCACCGCCUCGGGACGGUCCCCGUCGGUGAGGCCAGCGUGUUCGUGGCGGCCACCGGAUCUGGAUCUGGAUCAGAGAGGAGAUGGUUGGGGCUGGCGGCUCUAGUGAGUGGGGGAGAAGGGACGAGAGGAUAG